AUGGCGCUGUCGUUCUUUCGAGGGUUCUUCAAAGGAGGGCUGGUGGAGGAGGACUUGGACGCGUUCUACCCCGUGCGCCAGGACGUGCAAGUCGGCACUGUUAGCAAGUUCCGACCGCGGGGCUGUAAGCCGGGCAUUCGGCCGGAGGUGUGGGAGUAUCUGCUGGGGCUGGGCUGUGAGCCGGGCAUACGGCCGGAGGUAUGGGAGUACCUGCUGGGACUGGUCAGCCCGGCAGCCACGAGUGGCGAGUGUGGCGAGCUGAGGAGCAUGCGCAGAGAGGCGUAUGCCGCGAUGCUCAAGGAGUGCCAACUGGUGGACCCUGUCAUUGGCAGCGGGUUCGUGGUCGACUUCCCCAGGGUGCAGGACGAUGGCACCGAGGCCGAUCUCCCAGACUCCUAUGCCGGCCCGCUGCGCCUCGUGCCGCCCAUCCCUCCCCUCGACGCCGCGUGGGAGGAGUCCGGAGCGCAGCUAGGGGUGCUUGAGGAGGGGGAGGAGGAGGAGGAGGAGGAAGGUGAGGGGGAGGGGGGCGAAGUGGAGGGAGGUACAAGUGACAGUGGUGACGGUGGUCGUGGUGGUGGCAGUGGCAGUGGUGGUGGUGGCAGUGGCAGUGGCGGUGGUGGCAGCAAGAGGAGGGGGCGGAGGGCGAGUGAGACGGCAGUGGAUGAGGCGAUGAGGACGUGGGCGGCGGAGAGGGCAGAGGUGGUGGCACGCGUGGGGCUGGACCGAAUUCACAAGUGGCGGCAAGGGCUCUAUCAAAUAGGAGUGGAUGUGACCCGGGCCGACCGUUCCCUACUCUUCUUUGAGAGCAGCCGCAGCCGAGCGCGCCUCAUGAACGUGCUGGCGGUGUACGCAUGGUUCGACCCCGAGGUGGGGUACUGCCAGGGCAUGAGCGACCUCAUGUCCCCCAUGGUCGUGCUCUAUCCUGACGACGCCGACGCCUUCUGGGCAUUCGAAAGGCUCAUGCGCAGAGUGAGGGAGGACUUUAUGAAUACGGACACGGGCCUGGGCAUUCAGAGGGAGAUCAGCCGCCUCUCCCACAUGGUCUACACUCUCGACCCUGAGCUGCACGCGCACUUAGACGAAAUAGGAGCAGGCACCAUGUUCUUCACGGUGCGCACAGUCAUGGCCAUGUUCCGCCGCGAGCUCUCCUUUGCAGACGCACUCUACCUCUGGGAGAUGAUGUGGGCGUGGGACUAUGACGCGUGCAGUGCGGCCCUCCUCCCUCUGGCGGAUCAAGCCAUCUUCCACACGGCCCGCCACCUGCCGCACCUCACCAUGGACCGAUCUGCUUACAUUGCUGCCACCGCCGCUGCCGUCCGGGCGGCCGCUUCCGUCCUACUCGACGCAGAUCUCUUCACGGCUAUAGCUGUCGAUAUCGCCAAUGCCACCCGCGUGCCCCUCUCUGCUGUUCCCAGCACUGGUGCUGCCAGUGCUGGCGGCGCGGGGAGUAUUGUCAGCAGCAGCAGCAGCGGCAGUGGUGGUGGUGGUGGUGGUGGGUCGCUUUCGACUUAUGCGUCUGGUUCGGUGGGUACUGCGAGCAGCAUUGCCGGCAGCGGCGGCACGUCGGCGUUCGCAGCGCCACAUGAGGAUGCGGAUCGAGGCUCAGUGGACCUCUUUUCCUCCCCUCAGAGGCUGGAGAUCGCCCUUAUGGCUGCGGAGCUGGCUGUGACUCAGGCUGCCGUGCAUGCUGUGCCUGAUACCCCUGCUUCUGGGGCUCUUAUGGGGAGAAAAGGGGGUGGUGGGGUGGGUGGGAGGGAGUUUGUUGUGCCUGAGGAGUGGGAGGACGGUGGAGGGGUGGAGGAGGGAGAGGAGGGGUGGGAAGGGGAGGAGGAGGACGAGGAGGCUUAUGGGGAGAGUGAGAGUGAAGAGGAGGAAGAGGAGGAUGAGGAGGACGAGGAGGGGGAAGGGGAAAGUAGGAAAGUGGGAGGGGAAGGAGGGGCAGGAGCGGCAGCAGUUGGAGGGGCAGGUGGAGGGGUGGGCAUGGUAGCAGCGGAAGGGGCAGGCACAGGCACAGCAGGGGGAGCGGCGGGAGUGAGUUGGAGUGCAAGUGGUGGCAGUGAGCCGUCCUUCUUUGGCCGCAUGCGGUCCCUCUGGGGCAAGAAGGACGACGCUGCUGCUCCUGCUGCUCCUGCUCCUGCUAUUGCUCCCUUCUUGCACAGCAGCAGCAACGCAGAAGACACAGUGCUAGAUCUCUCUGCUGUGUCGUCCCGAGUGGCCUUUGAUCCGUCUAAGGACCUUCCUCCUGAUGAGAGGCUGCCGACGAGCCAGCAGCUGGAGGCUCGGAGGAGGGCGGCGUUGAGAGGGGGUGUGGGGAGCUGUGUGGAGCGGGGGCAGGGCGAGGGGAGGGGCCGGAUCGUGCGGUCUGUGUCGGGGGGGAAUUGGAAGGAGAACGGGCCGGGAAGAGAGGGAGGAGAGCGAAGAGAGUGGAAAGAGGGGAGAGAGGGGGGAGAGGGGGAUGAUGGGGGCGGAGGAGGUGGGGUUGGUGGGGAAGGGGGUUUGGCCCGGAGUGGGCUUGGAAGGGCAAGGUUUGAUGCCGGGAGACCUCCUGCUGCUGCUGCUGCUGCUUUUGACGCUUGGAGGCCUCCUCCCUCUGUUGCUCGGAAGGGUCGAGGCCGCGAAAGAGAGGAGGGGGAAAGGAGGAGGGAGGAGGACGGGGAUGAGAGGGGAGAGAAGAUGGGGAGGGCAGGAGAGGAGGGGGUCGAUGGCAGAGGAGGUAGCAACGGUGCCGAUUCUCCAGCUGCAAGGCCAGCCCAGACGGACGGUCAGGAUCGGCCGCCGCUCCCGCUGCGCAGAUACCAGUCAAUGGGGACCGAGCGAGAAAAAAAAAUACCCAGCAUUACCACCAGCAGCACCACUACCAGCGGCAACAGCAUGAGCAACAAGGGGAACAUCUCUAGCAGCGGUAGACAACAAAGCUCCACUGGAGGAGCUUCUUUAAGCGUCAUUGGAGGAGCUGCAGGUUCCUCUUCAGCCUCCAACCGCUCCCUGCAGCGCCCCAUGGGAGGCUCCCUCAAAUUCGACAUUCCCCGCAUCGACGUCAACGCACUCCCCACCAUCCUUGCCCCGCCCUCGCACCCCUCCCACCCGUCCCAGCGCGCCCGCACCCACCUCCCCUUCCCCCUCUCCUCCCACCACCAGCCCUCCUCCUCGUCUUCCUUCCACUCCCGAUUGCUCCGCCGGCAAAACAGCUCUCAGAAGCAGAAGGCUGCAGCGGUGGCCGUGCAGCGGCAGCAGCAGCGGCAGAAGCAGCAGCAGCUGGAGCAGCAGCUGCAGCAGGUGAAGCAGAAGCACGGGUUUCUGAGGAGGUAUCAGAGCAUGCAUCCGGGGCUGAUGCUGCUGCACCCGCUGCACCUACCACUCGUGUGGAAGCAGGAGCAGCAGUUGGCUGAGCUGAAAAGCCACAGGAGCAUGACGGAGCAUCGGAGUGUGGGAGAGGCAGCAGCAGAUGCAGCUCACGACUUCUCUGCUGCGCUUGCCACUGUUGCUGCUUCUGCCGCGGCGGUCAAGGGCAGCAGUGACAGCUUUUGGGGUUUCAGCAGUGCUCUUGAGGCCGACCACAGCGAUAAACCCACCGCUCCUGCUGCUGCAGCGGCUACAGCCACGAGCAACUGGAGUCCCGCUAGAGUCUUUUCUGCCGGACCUGCUUCCGCCGCUGCUGCCACUGCUGCUACAGGUACUUCUCUCAGCAGAACAGGCGGUGCCAAUGCCAACCACAAUGCCACCCGCAGCCUCACAGAAGAUUCUUCCUUCAACCCCUCCUCCUCCACCACCCCCCCUUCCUCUCGCUCCCUCUCCCGCUCCUUCUCCUGGGCUGAUUCCGGGCCUUACAGGAGGGAUAACCUUAGGUUCGCGGCCACCCUUGCUCUGCGCGAACCUUCCUCCCGGACCAGCCUCCGCAGGCACGGCAGCCUGGCGCUAGGCUCGGCACGGAGCGUUGGUGCUGGCUCGUCGAGGUCUCGCAGGGAGAAGCUGCGGAGGGGGGUGAGUUUCGGUUCAGAGCCGGACCUAGGCUCGGGAAGAGGCUCGGGUGGGGGGUUCGGAUCCCCGUCGGAGCAGCAAAGGAGAAGAAUCUCCGAGGUUCGGAGGGAGGAAAGGGAAGGAGGAGCGGAUGGGGAAGGCGAAGGAGCAUCCAUAGCAGCAGCAGCAGCAGCAGCAGCAGCAGCAGCAGCAGCAGCAGCAGCAGCAGCAGCAGCAGCAGCAGUAGCAGCUUCGGCGGCGGUGGGAGGAGUUGGGCAUAUGAAUGUGAGGCGGGUAAGGAGUGACGAGGAGCACUUGUCUUCAGUUAACCUGGUUUCACAUGGCAUGCCGCCGCUUCCCUUGAGAGACAGUCCAAAAGCACCCAUAGGCGCCCUGAAGGCCGCUCAGGACAGUCCAAGAAUGCCCAUAGGGGUCACAAAGGACAGCCCGAAGCCGCCCAUAGCGCCCCUGAAGGGCCAGCAGGACAGUCCAGGGUCGCCCAUGGGGGGUAUGCUCAGAGACAGCCCGGAAACGCCCAUGAGUAUGAUGCAAAGGGAGCUGGGGCGAAUCGGUAGUCCCAAGAUCCCGGCCCUGGAAGGAGCGUUGAGGCGGGAGGUGGAUGGAGACUCGCCCCUGUCUGUCCCUACGCGUGCAGACUCGCCUCUGUCUGUCCCUACGCGUGCAGACUCGCCUCUGUCUGUCCCUACGCGUGCAGACUCGCCCCUGUCUGUCCCUACGCGUGCAGACUCGCCUCUGUCUGUCCCUGCUCGUGCCGUGCCAGUGCUGGCAGUGCCUGCACCCACGCGUGCGACGUUUGAGUGGAGCCAGAGGCACAUGCGAGGCCACUCCCCCAGGGAGGCCUCCUCUCCCUCGUCUCUCCGCUCUCCUGCUCCCCAGGGAGAUGCAACUGUCGCCACUGCCGCUGCUGCUGCUGCUGCCGCUGCUGGCGCUGCUGCCAGUGCUGCUGUAGUGGGUGGGCCUGCACCUGUUGGUGCUCAGUGGGGUAAGGAGAGCAGGGCGGGGGAUGGUAGUAGCAGGGUUGAUCCGCGUGCUCCCCUGCAGCGACUAAGGCCCCCUCGUGUUGAGCUCCCUGAAACUGCCGCUGCUGCUGCUGCUACGGGUGCUGCUGGCGCUGGCGCUGCUGCCGGUGCUGGCGCUGGCGCUGGCGCUGGUGCUGGUGCUGGUGCUGGUGCUCCUGUUGCUGGUGCUGGAUCAGAUGCAAAGCCGUCUCUCUUCCUGCCUCCCAGGUCGCCUGGCACUUUCUCCCACAAGCCCUCCCGCUCUCUCCCUUCACCCUCCUCUGCCGCUGCUCGCCCCGCCUCACCAGCUGAUUUGCCCGCUGCAGCGGCGAAGCUGAGGCAGGCCGGCAGCAGCAUGGGUGGUGCUGGUGCUGGUGCUGGUGCUGGUGCUGGUGCUGCUCGCACUAGCCAUUUUCCCCUAGGCCUGCCUCCCAUAUCUCCUAGGGUCAGCUCGGCAGGCUCGGGCACCGAGCCUGCAGGUUCGGGAUCUGCCAGCAUGUUCAGGCAUGGCUGGGGAGGCUCAACAAAGUCCCCUCGCUUCCUGCCGGCUGCUCCCAGCAUGGCUGGUAGCACAGGAGGCACCAUAGAAGCACGCAGCACAGCAGGCAGCACAGGCAGCAGCAUGGCCGGCAAACCGAAACACGAGUCCAAAGCAAACCACGAAGCAGAACCGAAGCGCGAAUCGGCACCAGAGAUGGGCAUUGGUAUGCACCCGGGGCCCAUACAAGAAGACCAGGUCGAUCUCAUGCCAGAGGGAGCACUGGAGGAGCCAGACGCACUACAAGACAACUUACCAGACGACUCACCGGGCAACCCACCAGACGCCCUACCAGACGUGCCGUUCCUCUUCCCACCCUCCAAGUCCCUCGCUAGAGCGUCCAAUGAAGGCAGAAGCCAGUCGAUGCUUGAGACUGGAGCCCAUAUGAGCAAAGACCAUCCUCGUCAUCACCCCCCUCACUUGUUCCCCCACUCGAGGUCUCUAUCUGGCGCCUCUCUCCCUUCUCCCACUAGCAUUUUCAAGCCCCCCCUCCGCCGGUUAAACCUAAAGGUUCCCCCUGAAUUACACCUGAAUCUCAAGUCACCCCGGGCGGACCACCCUCCAAAAUCCCCGGGUUCCGUGGCCUUUGCCCUCCCUUUUGAGGUGACUCUUGGGCUGAAAUCCCCGGGUCCGUUCAGAAUUCCCCCUGAGUUGAGCUCUGGAAUGAAGUCCCCUCGGCCGUUUGUUCCUCCUGACCUGCUUAAAUCCCCGCUGGCGCUUAAAUCCCCGUCUUCUAGAGACUUCCUGGCUAAGAUUUUCGACGACACGAACCGAGCGACAAUGCGGCCGAGUGCGGUGAAAGGGGGUGCCAAGGGAUGGCACAGCCUUCCGAGAGACGCAGGAGGGGUGCAAGGAGAGCGAGGGGAGGUGGAGGAGAAGGAAUGGGAGAGAAGGCACACAGACAAAGAGAGUGGACGGGGGAUGGAGUGGUUGGGGACGCCUCAAAGGAGCUUAAGCGGGGAACGGGAUAAAAGUAAACCAACGCAUUACAGAAGAGCUAGUGGCCAUGAAGGGAUGACGGGGUUUUGGGGGAUGAAGGAGGCAGGGGAGGCAAAAGGGGAGGAGGAGAUGGAGAAAGAAGCAGGAGGGGCAGCAGAGGAAAGGGGGAAGAGCACGAGGGGAGCAGGGAUUCCUGUUGAAAGGGUGGCUGUGAGUGGGGGAGAAGCGACAGUAGAAGGGCUGGCGACGGGUGAAGCAGCAGGUGAAGAGGAGAGGGGGAAGGGGGACGGCAGAGCAGUGGCUGAAAGGGAGAGGGAGGGUGUGAAAGCGGGGCAAGAGGCCGAUAUGGAUGGGGACUGGCAGGGAUUUGGCAUAAUGCAGAGCCCUUUGCUGUCGGUGUCCUGUCCUGCUGCUGCUCCUGCUGCUACUUUGCCUGCUGCUGCGGCUGCGCCUGCUGCUCCCUCUCCUGCCGGGCCUCCUGCCGGGCCUGGUGCAGAGGACGAGUUCCUCUUCAAGCCUCUCUCUUCCUCCACAGCACCCAAAGUGUUGCCACCACCACCCCCAGCCUUUAACACACCGGCGACAACCGCACUACCAUCCUCCAUCACCAAACCUGCCGCCGAGCCUCCGGCCUCCCCUACCGAGUCUAACCUAUCCUCCCCUGCACUGUCUGUGGCCGAAAUUCCGUCCCCGCAGGGGGAGGUGGAUGAGGACGGGGUGCUGGUGGGGGGAGGGGAGGAGGAUGGGGAGGUGGAGGUUGAGAGGAUGACGACGUUUUGCGUGCUGGCGAUUCUGCUGGAGAUGAGGGAAGACCUGGUGCAGUACGCUCAGGGGCUGGAUGAUGUAGUGCAUGUGAGUGGCAUAUUUGGGGUAUGA